ACCUAACUUAUUUCAGCUUACAUUAAACCGUUAUAUUUCAUAGUAUCGUAAAAUGGAUUCGAUCACGCCUUGGGUACCAACUGGGGGAUCGACACCGGUCGCUUAUAAAAGUCCUAUAUUGCCAACUCCUGCUGCGCGAUUUUUACCCCCUGAUCAGGAGAAAAGACACAGACUACGACAACUCGGUCUCCAAAGAUAUUCAAGAUUAAGGGAAAGAAAUGUCACCCUCAUAAUUGAUGAAUACGAGCCUCGGGGUCGGUAUAUUGAAUAUCCUGAUCUUCCUGAGCGUCCUGAUGAUUUACCCAGGAAAUGUGCCUGGUGGCGUGGUAGGGGGAUCCCUCACGAGGUUUCCCGGCCUUAUGUCGACGAUCUAGAACAUAACCGGUUCGUACUCGAUCCCUAUGAGCCGUGGAUCCCCUUUAAAAGGUUCAUGAUGGAUAUAGCCCGGAUGUGGACGCGACCCCAGCAGCAAGCAGAAGGAUUAAACGAAGAAUUGUUCGGGAAUGUUUACGGCUGUACUCGAAUCAACUUCUUCAGAGUUAUGAGAUACCGGAUUUCCUUGCACAAAGCCUAUGCCUUUUGGACGGAUUUCAUGCGAGACCUACAAGUCACCGCUUUAACGGAUAGAUUUCCGCAAUUGGAUUCCCUGAGAAAUAUUCAGGAUGAAAACUCUACUCUGGAUCUAGCUGAAACUGCGCGUUUCAAUCAUCGGCAGUCGUUGAUAAUGCUCAGCUUAAUAGGUCUAAACAAUCUGAUUCCUGAGUAUGAUCCGGUAUAUAACAAUGCAGGUGUUGAGCAACUAAAAGACUUUAUACGAUCGCCCGCUGUUAGGGGACCUUGGAUCGAAUUCGUCCGGGAUUAUUUGGACAGUCAUCCCAUGACAGAAAACCCUCAAUGGUGUCAAUUGCAGCCUGCAAUGGCAAACAAAGACGUUGCGACCCUGAGAAGGAAUUUCUAUACGCAAGUGAACGUCGACAAGACGAACUGGACUCUUCUAGACCACACCGUACGGUUUAUAACCUUUAUUUAUGAACACGGCUUGAGCAUGAGCGUGGAUAGAGAAGAAACCAUGCACAUUUGGAACUAUGACUGGCCGUUCGGGCAUUACUUCUACGAUGAUAUCUCUGCUACUGACAUGACCGACCGAUACUGGUUUGGCUUCUCUCUGCUCAUGUUGCUCAUAAGGUCUUGGCAAUAUAACAGGGCUCACCCUAACCCGGAUUAUGGCCGGAUCCUUGUUCCAGCGUUAUAUCAUCCCUAUGAGCCGAACGAGUACGAAUUUCCGGAAAAUGAUGUCGGGAUGGUUGACCUAUCCCCCAAGUCAAAGUGGGAGAUUGGACAGCCUAUUAGAACGAAUUUCGAUUUUGUUAAUGCUUUCGACUCCGGCUUCAUUGCGCACUGGUGGCAAAGGCAUUACCAUGAGGACGAAAGCGACACCCCGAUUGACAAUGAUGGCUACCGUGUCCCCCACAUCAGGCGUGAAACUCGGUCUUUCGCCGAGGCUUUCGAUGAGGACGUAGGCUUUUUUACCCUAUUUUAG